UUCCUGUGGAAGUGAAUGCAUCGCCAGAAACAUGCCUCUGCAGAGACAGGUAGAGAGGCUGCGGAGACUCAGACAGCACCACGACCGCUGCGCACAGCGAUAUGAAGAGGAAAUAACGGAGAAAAACCGAAGAGAACACGACAAAAACUUACAACUAAUCAAGAUAAUGAAGAGACAAAAGGAGGAGGAACAAGAGGAGCAGAGGGACUGUGUCACAGAUGGUUCUCUAUCUGAAUCCAGCAAUGAUCUGGAAAGUGACUACGUGCCAAUGGAUUCUUCAGAAGAUUCCAGUUGCCACAAGGUUAACACAAAGUUGCCUCUCGAGAAAAAACGGAGUAAACUCAGAAGAGCUGAUACAACUACAACACAAGAAUCAGAAUCAGAUGAAAAAAUCAGCAAAGCAGAUGACAAUGACAAAGACGCACACAGCGCUGACAAUGAGGAGGAGGAGAUAGAAGAGGAGGAGGAGGGGCCACAAAUCACUGUGAAAUUUUGCAUCACGGGAGAAAAAUGCAAGUGGAACAAAAGACAUUACUGUGUAUACUGCAAAAAACCACAGAGUAAAAUGGUGCGGCAUCUAAAGCGGAAACACAGUGAUGAAAGAGAAGUGGCCCAAGCAAUAUGCUUUCCACCAACCUCCAAAAAACAUCGCCAGAUGUUAGAGGGACUCUGCAGGAAAGUGCCUUCAUCUUCAAAAGUCGGAGCUGGGCAAGAGUCACAAAUCAGUGGAAGUGAGGCUCAAGACUCAGAUGAAGAACCAGACGUUCUGACUCAAAAAACUUCAACUCCAGGACCAUCACACAAGCUGAAAAGGACUGAGAAAAGAGGUACGGAUCCACCAUUUCUCUCCCAAAAGAAAUGCGAGUGGAGUUCUGAAGAAAAGGCAGCAGUAUUGCAACAGCCAGGACAGUACAUCACUCUGAAUAGAGUUCCUGGUAAUGAACUUUGUCUCAAGGCUCUUAAUGCAGAACCGAUACUGUGCCAUCGCGACUGGAGAGAUGUUAAGAACCAAGUCUACAAUUCCAUCACAACCCGAAAAAGGAAACGGGUAUAGUUUAUUUUCAUGUUAUUAAGCAGCUGGAGCUGUAUCAACCUACUGUUUAAAACUGUUCAGUGUAUUGUUAUUCCCAGUAUUAUUCCCAGUACUAUUUUUUUUAGAAUGGAGACUGGAUCUGACAGAGUUAAUAGUAGCUGGAUCUGUAUUAUGAUACUGUUUAAAAGUGUUCAAGGAAGUCCUUUAC